AUGUCAGUAACGUUUUCUCGACGUAGCAAUACCACACAGCAUAAUCGAGCGGAGUUGCUUAGCUCGAAAGCUUUACCUCAACAAAAAAUCAUCGCCAUAACCGAUAAAAUUGGAUUUGAACCCAACGCUAGCACAGUGAUAGGUAGCUGGCUGAAGGAACAGUAUGGCGAUAAUGCUUGUCCGGUUGAACUUGUACAGCAUCUGAACGGAUCGUCCAAAUUCCAGUUAAUCAUCCUAUCCAACACAGAGCGACGAUGUGAACCUAGCCAAAUAUUCAAAUACAUUGCACAGUGUAAGAAAAAUUCCAACAUCGAACACGUUUUCGUGUGGAUCGUGGAGCAAAAGCUGCAGGAAAUGUUUCUUUUGCCUUACGUCGAGCAUAUGGCCGAUACGGUUGUCACGUUCGAGGAUAGAACACAUUUGUCCCUGUUGAUAAAGAAACCCACCGGAGGAGUUACCAACAAGUACUACGAGUUCGAUACACUGAAAGGUUCGUUCACCAUCGUUGAGGUAAAACGAUCCUUCUCAACUAAACAGAGCACACGAGCGAUGGGAGUGGAUCCUCCACCGAAUCCUGCCACGCUAGGCACAUUCAAAAUUGACUUAAAGGACGAAGAGGUGGUGGCAAAGAACGCUCUAACGUUACCAUUUGAAUUCUUCAAAACUCUACCGGAAGGCGGUAAAAUCCUCUACCAUCCCGAUGCCGAAGAUGAUCUCGACGAAGAGGAUCCCGAUGAUGAUUUGUUGAUAUAA